CCCCUCCCUCUCUCUCUCCUCCCUCCCUCCUUGGCCCUCCUCCUCUACUUUCCAGGGCAGAGUGUGUGCAGUGGGUGCCAGAGAAGUGUGUGCAGUGUGGAAUAUUUGCAGAGGUGGUGUCGGGAGAGAGCAUCAGGAGGUUGAUGUGGGCGUGCAGCCGGAGAAGUCAUGGGGCGUGGCCAGGUCCACUUCCUGUUUGUCCUGUGGGCCGCCGCCGCGCGGGCUCAAGUUAACCCAGAAAUAUGUCGCUACCCGCUCGGCAUGAGCGGCGGCCAGAUCCAGGACCAGGACGUCUCCGCCUCCAGUCAGUGGUCCGAGUCCACCGCCGCAAAGUUUGGGAGGCUGGACUCCGACAACGCCGACGGGGACGGAGCCUGGUGUCCCGACAUCUCGUCCCGGUCCGACGGCCUGAAGGAGUACCUCCAGGUGGACCUGCGCUCGCUCCACUUCGUCACCCUGGUGGGCACCCAGGGGCGCCACGCUGACGGCAUGGGCAACGAGUUUGCACAGCGCUACCGCAUCAAGUACAGCCGGGACGGCCACAGCUGGCUGGCCUGGAGCGACCGGAAGGGACAGCAGGUCAUAGAGGGGAACCGGAACGCGUACGAUGUGGUGCUGAAGGAUCUGGAGCCGCCGAUGAUUGCACGAUACGUGCGCUUCAUGCCGCUGACCGACCACUCUUUGAUCGUCUGCAUGAGGGUGGAACUGUACGGCUGCCAGUGGCUCGAUGGUUUGGUGUCCUACAGCAUCCCGGACGGGCACCAGAUGAUCUCCAGAGGUCUGGAGGUCUACCUCAAUGACUCCGUGUAUGACGGCGCAUCAGGCCUAAGACUGACCAAGGGUCUGGGCCAGCUGACCGACGGCACCUGGGGUCUGGACGACUUCCUGCACAGUCACAUCUACGCCACGUGGCCGGGCUACGACUACGUGGGCUGGAGCAACCGGAGUUCUCCCAAAGGUUACGUGGAAAUGACCUUCGAGUUCGACCAUGUCCGCAACUUCACGUCCAUGAAGGUCCACUGCAACAACAUGUUCAGCCAAGGGGUUCGGAUGUUCCGGCAGGCCACCUGUUACUUCCGCUCAGGCUCACAGUGGGGGUCCGACCCGGUCACCUUCAGACCGCCUGUGGACUACGUGAGCCAGAGUGCGCGUUUUAUCACCGUGCCGCUCAAGGACCACACCGCCAGCGCCCUCAAGUGCCGUUUCCACUUCAGUGACCUGUGGAUGCUCUUCAGCGAGGUGGCCUUCCAGUCAGGCUCGGCGGUUUACAACACGUCGCUGACUCCUCGCAAGCACGGGCACCCGGCAAACGCACUACCAGGGGAGGAUCCCACCCACAAGGUGGACGACAGCAACACGAGGAUCCUGAUUGGCUGCCUGGUGGCCAUCAUCGCCAUCUUAUCGGCCGUCAUAGUCAUCAUCCUGUGGCGCACGGUGUGGCAGAAGAUGCUGGAGAAGGCGUCACGCCGCAUUCUGGACGAGGAGCUGACGGCACGUCUGGCAGUGCAGACGCAGGCCUUCUCCUUCUCCUUCCGCCACUCCUCGUCCUCCUCCAACUCCACCUCCAACUCCACCUACGAGAGGAUCUUCCCGCUCUGCUCCGACUACCAGGAGCCCUCACGCCUCAUCCGCAGGCUGCCCGAGUGGGCCGGGUCCACCGAGCACCCAGGACCCGGCGGCUCCUGCGGGGCUCUGGCGGCCGGAGGAGCGGACGGAGCCCCGCACUACGCCCAGGCGGACAUCGUCAGCCGCAGCCGCUCCGACACGGCGGUCCACCUCGACCUCUUUGCUGGCCCCGACCCCUCCAUGAGGGAGUUCCCCAGAGACAAGCUCACCUUCCAGGAGAAACUGGGAGAAGGACAGUUUGGAGAGGUGCACUUGUGUGAGGCAGAGGGCAUGCAGGCCUUCUUAGAUGAGGACCCCUCUGCAGGAGAGGAGCCCCCCCUGCUCGUGGCUGUGAAGACGCUGCGAGAAGACGCCAACAAGAACGCCAGGAAUGACUUCCUGAAGGAGAUCCGCAUCAUGUCCCGCCUGAGGGACCCAAACAUCGUGCGCCUGCUGGCCGUGUGCGUGGACCAGGACCCUCUGUGUAUGAUCACUGAGUACAUGGAGAACGGAGACCUCAACCAAUUUCUUUGCGGCCUCCGCCUCAAGGAGACUGAGGAGGCGGCACAGGAGGAGAGGGAAGACAGUAGUGUGGUCAGCUACAAGAAACUGAUGGACAUGGCGGUGCAGAUAGCGUCCGGCAUGAAGUACUUGUCCUCCCUCAACUUUGUGCACCGUGACCUGGCCACACGCAACUGCCUGGUGGGCAAGAACUGCACCAUCAAGAUCGCGGACUUCGGCAUGAGCCGCAACCUGUACCGCGGGGACUAUUACCGGAUCCAGGGUCGCGCUGUGCUGCCCAUCCGCUGGAUGUCUUGGGAGAGCAUCCUGCUGGGUAAGUUCACCAUGGCCAGUGACGUGUGGGCGUUCGGCGUGACCCUGUGGGAGAUUCUGACUCUCUGCAAGGAGCAGCCGUAUUCCCACCUCUCCGACGAGCAGGUCAUCGAAAACACGGGCGAGUUCUUCCGGGACCAGGGCAAACAGGUCUACCUGCCUCGGCCGCCGUCCUGUCCCGGCGGCGUGUACGCCGACCUGAUGCUGAGCUGCUGGCGAAGGAACGCCAAGCAGAGGCCCGGCUUUCAGGACAUCCACAGUCAGCUUGUGGGCAGCCUGGCGUAGCAGCGUGUUCUUUUUGGAGCGGGAGUCACAUUGAACCCUGCCACAAGUUAUCCACUUCUUUAAACGACUUUGCAACAAAGACUUGUAUAUAAGGUAGGGAAGUGGCACUUGAACUUUACUCAAUCUAUUUAUUGUUUUAUUAUCAUACUACAAUUACAUUACGGUGUGUAUUUAACUUAAAUGGAUAAAGAAACACCGCAAAAUAUGUAUUUGAAGCACUCUACAGCAGUGAUGCUUUGUUUGACCGGAAAAGAACUCCUAAUAUGGGCAUUGCUGUGAACUCGGCAAUGCUGCCCCCUGCUGUCUGAAGGAGGAAGUGCACCUUACCGUUGAUUUGAACACGUUUCUUAAUUCAUUCCACAAACAUCCCUGUUCAGUGUUUGUUUCUAUUGCAGCCAAAUUAUUUCUACAAUUUUUAAAAUAUUUGUGUACAAUUUAGAACACGAGUCACUGUUUCUAUUUAUACAUUUCAAGAAAAUGUAAGUAACUUUUUGAAUCGAAAGUGUAAAUAUUGGUGAUUUUUCCAUCUAUAGUUGGAAAUCCGUAUUUUUUAUCUUUGUAAACAUACAGUAUUUCCUUGAAUUGCUGCCGGGGCGCUAAUUAUUUUAAAACCUUUUCUCACUCCGGCACUUACCAAAGGCAUGCAGUAAAAAUUUGAGUGUGAUGUAAGCUUGGACCGUAAAUCCUACUGAAUACCUCUUAAUCUUCUUCCCUUUAUGCGAUUCCAAAUUACUGGUAUUAAAAUCAGCCUCCUCCAUUUUGAAAAUGAUGACAGGGGAAGUGUCCCUCGUGACGUCACGAGUUAGACCAGGCGGUAAAACUAAGCAUCCGCUAAUUAUGUUGGGAAAGGAGUUUGACCCGGCAGUAAUUCAAGGCAGGCGCAUACCAUAUGCCCUGCGGCAAUUCAAGGAAAUACGGUAUAAUAAUAAUACAUUUUAUUUGUAAAAGCACUUUACAUUGAGCAAACAACCUCAAAGUGCUACAGUGCUUUUAAAAAACAACACAACGCUAAAACCACAAAUAGCUGCCCUUGACAAGUAAAAAAAAUAAUAAAUAAAAAAACUACAACAGCUGAAUAGCUAGAACUAGCACACAUAUAUCUAUAAAAAAAAAGAAGCUUUUUUCAAAAAACAAGGGUUUUUGAGCCUUUUUUAAAAUAAUUCACAGUCUGUGGUGCCCUCAGGUGGUCAGGGAGCACGUUCCACAGAAGCAUAAAGUUCUGAGGAAGUUAUUUCCCAUUUUUUCCGACCACCAAUGUGUGUUCAAAUCUCGAUCCGUCUCUUUGCCAUACCUGCCGACGACUACAGUGUUCACGUAUUAAGUACGGUUUUUCCAUUAAAAAUUAUGAAGUUAAAAAGGGAAGCUAAGUAGCGAAAAAACGCCACGGGCAGGGGACAAAGUGGUUUGGCUUACGUGCAAGAACAUCCAUCAUUGGUUGCUUGCUUACUACGUUGAGUCACCAUUGGUUAAGAUUGGGGCGAAACAUUAGGGACAGGCCAAUCAGAGGCCAGAUAGUCAUGGAACCAGGAAGUGACAUCACAACCGACAACUUAUUUUCAGUGUUUUUCAAAUUAAAUCACACCUUGUGACAUGUUACUUGGCACAAAUGUGUUUUUAAUCAACUAAAAGCCUGAUAUUUCCUCACAAUAAAAUACACAUUAGACACUUGUUUAGGUACGCCUGCUACACGCAAGUGGAGGCAACGUCUGUUUUGGACAGGAAUGUUCUUUUAUGUUUAGUUUUUUCAAGAGGAGAGUGAAUUGAACAGUUGUGUAAAGUACUUUGUUUUGGACUCCAUAUCAAGCUUUGCAAGUCAACAGUUUAAGGAGCUCGUCAUGGGAAAACGUAAAUAAAUACUCAUGGUGGUUCUGA